AAAAUGCAACGCAUAAAAUGCAACCAAAAAUUAUUGGAGGACAGCCAAUUGAUAUAAAAUAUCGACCUUUUAUGCUCUCUUUACAUGAUUCAUAUGGAUUCCUGUGCGGUGCUAGUAUAUUAUCGAGGACAUGGGCUAUCACUGCUCUCCAUUGUUUAAUUCCGGUAUCAUCAUCACAGUAUUAUGUACGAGCUGGAUCUAAUAAAACAGACAAGGGUGGAUCUCUGCAUAAGGUGACAAACAUUUAUAUAUACAACGCUACAUAUCACAAUUGGUUUUCGACAUUCCAUCACGAUAUCGCGCUUUUUGAAGUGAAACCAUCAUUUCAUUUUUCGAGAACUGUCCGACCGAUUCGUUUACCGAGAUCAACCUCCAGUUUACAGCAUCAACUCUUAGUUUGUGGUUGGGGAAAUACAGAAAAAGAAAAAAUAGCCGUAACUCUUAUGGGUGUUUACGUAAAUUACGUUCCGUUUGAAACCUGCAUUAAGGUUUCUUCUGAUUAUGCAAAACUCGUAAAAAAUGAUUAUCAUCUGUGCUAUGGAAUUCGAGGAAAAGAUGCCUGUUUCGGAGAUUCGGGAGGAGCAUUGGCUAGUAAAAAAACAAUUUAUGGUAUCGUCUCUUUUGGUCAUGGUUGCGGACUUGUUCCUGGCGUUUACGUUAAAAUAUCGUUUUACUUGGAUUGGAUUAAAGCUGUUACGAAUUUGUGAUC